AACUCAUAUAAAUGCCUCUACCUUGUGACUUCUGUCAAUUCUCUAUAUAAGCUAAUAUUUGAAGAGUGAUCAAGCUGGUUAAUUGGUGUCUAAUCAGAGGGCUUCCGUAUGGCUGCAAGAGGUCUGAAGAAGGCUUUCCGUUGGUUUCCGCAUUCCAAUGAAGAUCAUCAUCACCUGGAGGAAGACGAGGGAAGCAGCGAGAGGCGCGGCCUGCUGAGGAGCCACUUGGAACAGGUUGUGCCGGUCACUGAUCUUGAAGACGAACCGAACGCAUCAUCAUCAGCUGUGAAAGAACCAAAGACAGUAGCACUGAAGGUGUCUAUGCACUGCCAUUGCUGCGCGAGGAAGGUUGAGAAGCAAAUUUUGAAGAUGGAAGGAGUGGUGUCCUUCAAGGUGGAGCUGGAGAACAAGAAGGUGACCGUGGUCGGCAAUGUCAGCCCCAUGGAAGUCCUGGAGAGCAUCUGCAAGGUGAUGAAGUCUGCACAGAUUUUGGCGGCUGCCUAGUGGCUAGUACUUUUGUUUUGUCAACGUGUCAUACAUAGUACAUGUUUAUCGGACGAAUUCCGAUCACGAUUGUAAUCUUUAAGAGAAACGAUUCUUCAAUUAAAAAAGAUGCAAAUAUUAGGAAAUGACCUAAUACAAAAUAAUUAGAAGAGGUAAGGUUUCGAACCCA